AUGAUCCGCUAUGUCGCCUUUCAGCCCAGUGCCGUGCCUCCCCCGGUGGUGGCCUUCCUGGCGCCCUCGGCCUCCUCAGCCGGGGCAGAGGCAGAGGCGCCCGAAGCCAAAGACGGGAGGCCCGAGCAUGGCGAGAAGGGCGAGCACGAGCCUCUCCUUCCGCUCGCGAACUCGACGUGCCAGGAGCAGAGGCUGCGGCCGGCAGAGGUUGAGACGGAGGAUCAGCCGCCGUCACCCUCACGGCAAGCCACGGAGGUCUCGGAACCUAGCCAGGCAUCCCCGCCUUCAGCGGAAAGGCCACGGCUCGGCUUCUCGGAGUUCUGGCAGCCGGCCUUGCGGCAGUUCUACGAGACCUACCUCCGAAACCGCCUUGCUGCCAUCCUGCGAGCGCUGCUGCCUCUGGAAGUGGGACAUUGGCGUCAGCUGCUGGAUUUCGGCGCAGGCUUCCGGACCUUCGUCUUCGAUGCCAGCUGCACCGAUCCAAUUCCACGCGCCCUCCCAUGGGAGCUCUUGCAGUAUGUCUGGCUGGUCAUCUUCAUGGCCUCCAGCCCGCCAUCCGACGUGGGCAAAGCAGAGUCCAUGCCGCUCUUGUAUGUGCAGAUUGCCCUCUGCAUGCGGGCGUUGUGCCGGCCUGCACAUCCGACCAGCAAGCCGCCGGCAGCCGGCCCGCCACCUGUGGUGCAGUUUCUGGUACGCCUCCUAGACUCCGACCACGAGGCUAAGGAGCAUGCAGCCUCCGUCACGGAAGAAGAGAGCGGGUGCUGCCCGUCUGCGGCCUCUUUGCUCCGUGCGACUGCCAAAGCUUAUUAUGUGGGAGCACCGAGCAUGCAAAGUUGGGAGGUAGCCUUUGAAACAGCGUGGCGGUCCGAAGGCCUUGGUCUCCUCCGGUCUUGCAAGGCCCUCCUGGCCGAGCUUUAUCCCGGAGAGGGACGCAGUGGUGCGAAUAGCGCGCCAGGGCUGAUGCUGUGCUCGCACUCAGGCUUGCAGGCGGCUGUCGAGCUGGACCUAAAUGCGAUCGGAGCUCCCACGCUGCUUGCAGCCUCUGUGCUGCAGCUCUUCACACAGAUGUUUUCAGGCCUAUCUUUGGGGCAAAGUGAGACCAGAGUGCGGUCCACCAGUGCUGCUGUGGCUCCAGCAGAUCGCUUCCUGCUCUGCCUGGCUGACCUUGUGGAGAUGUGCAUUGAAGAGGCAGAGGGCGGCAUGCCCGCGCAUUCGGAUCCAUCUCCGGAGCCCGUAAACAUCCGGAGCCUCUCGCGCUUGGCGCGCGUCCUCCUGCAGGCCUUCUUCAUGGACCCUGCCCUCCUGGCAGCGGCAGCUCCAGGCUCAGAUGCUUUGGCCGCGGGAGCGUUCUCUGGACCAUCGGAUCCGGACGAGUUUGUUCCGAUCUCGGGUUCGGGCCCGCUGCGGAGGAGCCUCGCGUUCAUGGAGCAGUCCCCGCUGUUGCAAGUGGUUCAGCGACGGCUCUGCUCCGCGCACUUCGAGGAUGUCGAAGGCUCCACCGAGCAGCUCACGCACUUCGCACUCCGAGCUCUGAGAGUGCUGUGGUUUGACCUGCGCAGGUCGACAUGCACGUUGAAGCGCAUCCCCUGUGAUCCCCAGGAAGGCACCACGCUGUUGUGCCUCCUCAUGAAGCCACUGAAGCUGCAGCUCUGCUGUGACUGUGACGCGCAGCUGGCCACUUUUCCCUACGUGCGUCUGGCUUGUGGUGCGCAGGUCACUGUCAAGGGCGUCGUCAUCUCCAUCGAAGUGGUUGCAAGCACAACUGGCAUGCAGCUGCGUGGUGUGGACGGUCUCAACGUGGUUGUGCCAGAGCUGGAGGUGAAGCUAAGUGAUGCGCCGCUGCUGUCCAGGCCUAGCAGCUAA